AUGGUCCUCCUUAGCAUUCUUAGAAUACUUGUUUGGGGACUGCUUUUAAUGCAACAUGGGGUCCAAAUGGCAAAGGUAGAGCAGCCCUCUGACACCCUCCUGGCUGAAUCCCCUACCUUGCCACUGAUUCAGGAGCUGAUGGAAGAAGCCCCUGGCAAGCAGCAGAAGAAGCCACAGCUCCAAGGGCAUCCCCUGCGGUACAUGCUGGAGUUGUACCAGCGUUCAGCUGACCCCCAUGGACAUCCCAGGGAGAACCGCACUAUUGGGGCCACCAUGGUAAGGCUGGUGAGACCUUCGGCCAAUAUAGCAAGGACUAUCAGAGGUCCCUGGCAUAUGCAGACCCUGGACUUUCCUCUUAGACCAAACCGGGUAGUGUACCAACUAGUCAGAGCCACUGUGGUUUAUCGUCAUCAACUCCACCUAGCUCACUUCCAUUUCUCUUGCCAUGUGGAGCCCUGGGCCCCACAAAGCCCAACCAACCAUUUUCCAUCAGGAAGAAAUUCCUCAAAGCCUUCUCUGAUGUCUAAAGCCUGGACAGAGAUGGAUAUCACACAACACAUUCAGCAGAGACUCUGGAAUCACAAGGGUCACAGGGUCCUAAGACUCCGCUUCAUGUGUCAGCAGCAAAAAGGUAGCAAGGUUCCUGGGCUCCGGUGGCAUGGCACUUCAUCUUUGGAUAUUGCCUUUGUGCUACUGUAUUUCAAUGACACUCAUAAAAGUGUUCAGAAGGCUAAACUUCAUCCCAGUGGGCUAGAGAAAUUUAUAGAAGUGGAAUCUCUUCUUUUGCGGAGGGCCCGGCAAGCAGGCAACAUCGUGUCUGAGGUUUCUGGCUCUUCCCAGGAACAUUAUGGAUCUGCAAAUAAUCAGUGUUCCCUUCAUCCCUUCAAAGUCAGCUUCCAGCAACUGGGCUGGGAUCACUGGAUCAUUGCCCCUCGUCACUAUACCCCAAACUACUGUAAGGGAUCCUGUCCUCGGGUGCUACGCUAUGGUCUCAAUUCCCCCAAUCAUGCCAUCAUUCAGAACCUUGUCAAUGAGCUAGUGGACAAGAAUGUCCCUCAGCCCUCCUGUGUCCCUUAUAAGUAUGUUCCUAUUAGCAUCCUUCUGAUUGAGGAAAAUGGGAAUAUUCUUUACAAGGAGUUUGAGGAUAUGAUUGCCCAGUCCUGCACGUGUAGAUAA